GGAGGCACCUUGUCAUCCUCACGGGUGUCAAUCGGCUGGUCACUAGUCCUUGUGGUCAGUGGCUUGGGAGCAAGCUCUCGGGAGUACCUGCUUUUGGGAAAGCCGACUGUGGGACUUAAGUUUGCGUAUAGGUUCGGCUAGCCCUGGCGUAGGAAUCUGCGUCCCCUUGUUGGUCUCCAUGCUGGCUGAGGCAGUCGGGCCUGAAUCUUUCUCCAUUUAAGUAUGAAUACUAUGAUACCUUCCUGCUCCAACAAUGUAUCCGAUACUCCGAUUGUGACCAAAAGACUAAGAAGCGACAUAGAAACACUGUAUCAGAUGUAUUUUGUCCACGUUUCUUAAUUAUAACCAGCUCUGAAGAAUUGAGAAAAACUGUCACCCUUUUUAAUAAACAAACAUCUUUUGUCUUCCAUAGGAGAACUGAACAAUAUUAAGAGACUUCGGUCUAGAGACCUUUUGAUAGAAACUGUGUCCGGAAACAGUCUAAUUUAGUUAGUCUUUUGAAACUAGCUAAAUUAAAACAAGCAAACAUUGCAGUUAAGCCAAAUAACAUUCUAAAUUCGUCCCGAGGAGUAAUCUCUGAAAUAGGUUUAUUGUUUGAAGAGGAAUUUUUUAAAGAGUUGGCAUAUCAAAACGUGUGUGGUGCUCGUAGGAUCAAAAUACGGAAAGAAGGUCAACUUAUUCCCACUAAACAUGUCAUACUUACUUUCAAGUCUCCUAACCUGCCUAAUAACAUCAAAGCUGGAUACCUAAACUGUUCAGUCAGGCUAUAUAAACUGAAUCCAAUGCGUUGCUUUCAAUGUCAGCGCUUUGGACAUGGAAAGACCUCUUGUCGCGGUAGCCUCACGUGCGCUUGAUGUUCCAUGUUUCCGUAGGCCACGCUAGUGAAGGCUGCUCUGCUGCCCCCUUGUGUAUAAGCUGUAAAGGUGAGCAUCCAGCUUUUUCAAGAUCAUGUCCGAAAUGGCAGACAGAAAGACAAAUUCAAAGCAUCAAAGUUACACAAAGGAUAUCAUUCACAGAAGCCAAAACACUUGUUCUCUCUAACCAGCCAAGACCUAAUAAAUCUUAUGCAUCUGCAACAAAAUCAUUCAGAUCAAUAUCAACGCAAGCCACAAUAACCACACAGAAAAAAGAACUAGCAAUGACAGAAGGUCCUAGAAACCAAAAAUCAGGGAAAAAACCUGAUGUUGAAAGUAGUACGCCGGUGACUGCGCCCAAAGGAAAACAGGAUGUCCAACAGAAAAAACAUAGAGAUGGUAUGAAAGAGAAAAAUAAGCAAAAACCCAGGACCCCCAUUCAAAGUUCCAUCGCAAGCAUGAGUUCAGGACGCUUAGACGACUCAGACGAAAGGGACGUGUAAGAAGGGUUAUCCCUUCCGAAACACCUUUUGCCUCGAAAGUCAAAACACCAACACCGCCAAAACAAGCAUCCAUAAUGGGUACAUUUAUUUCGUGGAAUUGCCGGGGUUUUCUUCAAAACCUGGAUAAGAUCAAGGAUUUAAUAAACAUGCAUCAACCUGCAUGCCUUGCGCUUCAGGAGACCUUGUUAAAACCAAGCAGACAUGCUAAGAUACGGAGAUAUACAACAGUAAGAAAGGACAAACCAUCUGGGGAUCGUGCCUGUGGUGGUGUGGGCCUUAUCUCCUCCCACAAUUACCUACAUUGCUCUCCCUUUGACGACCUCCCUUCAAGCUGUGGCGGUUCAGAUUAAUUUACAAUUCUCAAUCUCAUUAUGCACUAUUUAUUUACCCCCACAUGAGCAUGUAAAUCAGUGAGAGUUGGACAGAAUAAUAAAGCAGCUCCCAAAACCUUUAUUGCUUUUAGGUGACUUCAAUGCCCUUAGUACAUUAUGGGGAAGUAGGGACACUAAUCCAAGGGGCCGGCAGAUUGAACAAUUAAUGGAAGAUCACUCUAUUUGUAUCCUUAAUAAUGGAGAAUACACUUGCUUUCAUCAGUCGACUAGAACAUUUCAUGCAAUUGAUCUGGUUUUUUGUUCUCCAUCUCUACUACCUUUGUGCUCUUUCAGUGUAGGGGAGAAUCUCUACUAUAGUGACCACUUCCCAGUCAUUGUAAAUAUUACAGGGAAAUCAAAGAUCUCAAGACAACCACGCUUACGUUAAGAUAAAGCUGAUUGGGAUCUUUUUGCAUCUUGUGCUGUGCUGACUGAAGAAAUGGUAAAGGAUGUGGAGAUUAAUGUAGCAGUAAAAAUGAUCUCUCAUGCCAUUGCACAAGCAGCUGAUCUCUGUAUUCCGAAGUCCUCGACAAAGUUCUCUAAACCCUGGUGGAACAAUGAUUGUGAUGAAACUUCGAGAGAGCAAAAGAUAGCUUGGCAUAUCUUUCACCGAUAUCCAACACUGGCAGAUCUUCUUGCUUUUAAAAAAGCUAAGGCGAAUGCAAGAAAAAUGAGACAGCAAAGUCAGAGAAAAUCAUGGGCAGCCUACGCGUCCACUAUUACCUCCUCAAUGUCUAGCAAGCAGGUUUAGGAAAGAGUCCGCCUCUGGACUAUAUAAUGAUUAUCUCUUCUCUGUUCUAGAAAAAGAUAGAAAGGUGAUAAGUACUAGAUGCUUUAGGUGAUACAUUUGCUGCUGUAUCUGGCAGUAGCAAUUACUCAAAAGAGUUUCUGCCCACAAAGAUGCACUUGGAAAGGAUUCAAAUCGACUUCUAAUGCAGAAUUCCAUUCUAAUGCAGAAUCUUAUAAUAAAGAUCUCACCAUGUUUGAAUUAAGAAAUGUCAUAUCUCGCACUGAUAGGACUUGCCCUGCCCUAUGAAUCUCUAGUGGUCCUUCUUGCUCUUCAUAAUAAGAUAUGGAAGGAACAAAUUUUUCCUACUGCCUGGUGCAGGGCCUAUUUUAUUCCUUUAGUAAAACCCGGCAAGGAGCCGAAAAAUCCUUUAAAUUAUCGCCCCAUCGCGCUCACUAGCUGCCUUUGCAAGAUUAUGGAAAAAAUGGUAAAACACCGUCUCACCUACUAUCUGGAGACUAAUCAUUGUCUAUCGCCUUACCAAAGUGGUUUCCGUAAGGAAGGAUCUUCACUUGAUAAUGCCCUGUUUUUAGAAACCGCAGUACGUAAUGCAUUUGUGAAAAGAAAUCAUGUGGUUUCAAUCUUUGACAUGAAAAAGAACUUGGCAGCAUGGAACUCUUCAUGACCUUUAUAGCACUGGAUUGCGAGGUAAUCUACCCAUCUUUAUUCAAAACUUUCUGAAGGACCGCACUUUCCAAGUCAAGAUUGGUUCGUUGCUUUCUCAAGUCUUUGUACAACAAGAAGGUGUACCACAAGGUUCAGUGCUCAGUGUCACUCUUUUCAGCCUGAAAAUUAAUUCCAUUUUAAGAGAACUUCCUCCCACAGUGCAUGGUUUCCUGUAUGUUGAUGAUCCGAUGAUCUAUUGUCAAGGUCAAGAUAUGAGAUACAUUGAGAGACAACUACAAAUUGCUCUAAAUAGAAUCAUAAAGUGGUCCAACAACAAUGGUUUUAAAUUUUCUAGCCAGAAGACAGUCUGCAUGCACUUCUGUCGCAGAAGAAAUCUACAUCUUGAUCCAGAGCUGCAUCUUGACGGCUCUUUGAUCCGCGUUGAGCCAGAAGCAAAAUUGUUAGGAGUUAUCUUUGACAGAAAGCUGACUUUCCUUCCGCAUAUCCUAAAUCUAAAUAAAAAAUGUGCUAAAGCUCUCAACAUACUGAAAGUCCUGACCAGUACCUCAUGGGGAGCAGAACGUUGUUCUAUGCUCCGCAUUUAUAGAUCUUUAAUCCUUUCCAAGCUUGACUGUGACUGUGUUAUCUACAGAUCAGCAAGACCUUCUGUACUCCUGAAAUUGGACCCAGUCCACCAUCAAGCGCUACAGAUUUGCUGUGGAGCCUAUGUCAUCUGUUUUGAACCAUCUUUGGAAUUCAGACGCCAGCAGUUGUCCAUUGAUCUUCAUUAUAAAGUAAUGUCACAGGCCGAACAUCCUGUCCGACUCAUGACAUCUGAUCAGUACUGGCGUCUUUACCAUGUCCGUCCUUCAUGUAUCCCACCUUUUGAUCUUCGCAUUCACUCAGUGAUUGAAGAAUUCAACCUAAAUGAUCUGCAUCCCAAAAGCUUUGACCUUUUCGGUAUUGCUCCCUGGCAAGCAGUGAACAUUCACCUACUUAAGAUUUUUGGAGAACUAAAGAAGAGCAGUACCAAUGAUAUCCAAUACCAACAAAUUUUCCUAGGGCAUAGAAGCAGUUAUUCUAACUACAAAGCAAUUUUUACUGAUGGCUCAAAGAAUCAUGAUCACGUCGGGGCAGCUUUUGUUUGUGAUAAAGAAAUAAAGAGUAGUAAACUUCAUAAGGCUGCAUCUGUCUUUAGUGUGGAAACUUUUGCCAUUUUGAAUUCCGUAAUCUUUAUCUCUAGGCAGAAUAGCAGAAAGUUCAUCAUCUACUCUGAUUCUCUAAGUGCUCUUGAAUCAAUAAAUACAAAUACCAGCCACCCUUUGGUCUUAGAAAUUUUAAAGGCACACCUCCGUUUGAGAAACGCAGGUUAUUAUAUUGCGAACUGAUAGUGCCUGGACAUGCUGGUAUCAAAGGCAAUGAACUCGCCGAUAUUGCAGCAAAAUCUGCUGAUAUUACCUCAUAAAAUAAUGUCCCUUUUACAGACAUACGGAAUUACAUUAGAACAAAGGUCUUGUUCAGGUGGCAAGGAUUCUGGGAAUGCUAAACUCUGAACAAAUUAAGGCAGGUAAAACCCAAUUUGGAGUACUGUUAGUCAAGAGAGAUCGGAAGGAGGAUGUACUACUGACUCGCUUACGAAUUGGUCAUUGCAGACUGACACAUCAGUACCUCUUGAAAGGAGAUAAUGAGCUUAUUUGUGGCACUUGCAACGUUCCCAUUUCAGUUAAUCACAUUUUAACCUGCUGUCCUGCUUUUAGUCAGAAACGUGAAUUUUAUUUUAACUCUCUUCGCUCUAUAAAUGCGAAUGUUAACAUAUCUCAUUGGAAGAAACCCUCACACCAACCUCAUAAGUUUUUUUAAAAGACAUCUUUUUUUACCAUAUGAUUUGAACUACAUUUUAUCCUGCUCUACUUGUUGCUAGAGCAUUUUUCAUUUCUGCCUGGACAUUUUAAAGCCAUUUCUUCUUGCCUUCAUCAGCAUUUCAGUUUCAUUCCAUCAAUUCACUUGAUACAAUGUGUUUAUGCAUCUUGAAUUUUACUCACCAUUUGUCUGGCGCAUAAUAAUAACCUUCGAGGUUUUGUGCCGUUUAAAAAAUCAACCAACCAACCAUAUCGAGAAUAAAGGGUUUGUUGAAUUGAUGCUAGGAUGGGAGCAGAUGCAAAAGCUUUCUUCUUUCUUUCUUCUGUUAAAUGCGUCCUCAUAUUCUUUUGUCCGCAAAAACGUUUGCUUAUUCUUUGUCAUUUUUUGAAGGGGUCUUGCGAUGGAAGAAAAGUCUUUCAGAAAUCUCCUAUAGUAGGUGCAAGGCCCUAGGAAACUUCUUAACUGAUGGAUACUUUCGGGAUGUCUCUAAUCUUUAGCUGCUGAAACUUUUUUUUUGGAUCUGUAGCCAUACUUUGGGCAGACAUGACAUGUCCGAAUUAAGUCAUUCCCUCUCUGAAUAGUGGACCUCAACUUUAGAUUGGCUCCUUUCAGUUUCUGAAGAACCUGUAUGAUUUUCUAGAUAUUUUUUAAAACUCUUCCCGGCAAUGAUGAAGUCAUCCAGGUAUAUCAGAGAGGCUUUGCAGAAGAUACCUGUCAACACAGUCUCUAUAAGGCAUUCGAAUGUUGUCGACAUAUUACAUAGUCCAAGCGGCAUAACUUUGAACUGCCAAAGUCCUUGCCAGGUAGUAAAUGCCGUCUAUUCGGUCAGAGUGUAUCCCUACCUGCCAGGAUCCACUCUUUAAAUCAAGUGUCGAAAACCACUUGCUUCCAGAAAGAAUGUCCAAAAUAUUGUCAGUUCUAGGAAGAGGGUAGCUAUCUUUCUUCGUAACCACUUUCAAUCGAUAGUCAACGCAAAAUUCAGUUAACCAGCUUUUGUUCUGACCGGAUGAUGGGAGAGGCCCAUAGACUUACUGGAGAUUCAAUAACCUUGCCUUCUUGCAUGUUCUUUAGAAGUUUCCCUUCCUCUUGUUUAGCAGUUGGUAGACGUCUUGGAUAUUGCUUGAUUGGUGGAUGAUUCCUUGUAUCGAUUCUAUACUAUGUUAUGUUAAAUUGGUUCAACCUAUGUGAGAAAACAAGUGGGAGAAAACAUCUUCAAAUUCUUGAAAGACACGUUCAGCAGCAUUCCUCUCUUCGCCGUUUAAUUGCACAUUCUGCAGUUAAUCUGAUGUAAAGCUUUCAAAAGACACGGAUUCUGAAGUGUUACUCUUUCGUUUAAUACUGGUCACUGGAGUACAUGCUGCAACUACUUCACCUUUCCUAAUAGCUUUCACCUUAUCAGUUACAUUGGCAACUCUCACCGGGAUAACAAUCCUGUAUACGUCUACAAGUGCAGAGGCUACUAGUACUCAUCAUGGGAUGUUAAGUUUUGGGAUAUUCCAUUAUACCAUACUGGAAAUUUCUGUUUCCAGCUAUGAAUCCUGGUAAUUAAAAUUCUGUUCUAGCUGGUACAUUGGUAGCGUCUUGAGCUAUGAUUUGGUGCAUGGGUUUAACUUCUGCAUCAUUAAUUCUGAAUCGGGUUAUGUCCUAAGAGGCAGAAUGCAGUUCAUUAUUUUUAAAGUCCAAGGAAAGAUUGAAUUUCCUUUGGAAAUCCAAUCCGAUUGUGCAAGGAUUUGUAAUAUCUGCCUCAUAUUCCGUGUGAUGGUAAGCGACAUUUCCAAACAGGAUGUUAAUGUUUAAUUUUCAGUCGAUGUCAUUCUUUUGGACACUGUUUAGAGGGUAACGCAGGACAGUGUCCAGAUGAGUUUACCUUCCAGUUGUUGAGCCAGAUCUUUUCGAAUGAUGGUAACAUCGGUUCUUGUAUCGAUGGUUAUAUUGCAAGGAACUCCAUUGACGUAUCGCAUGAUGAAAAGUCCAUUACUGCCGGCAUUCAGUGCCGAAAUCUGAAGUGCUUUAAAAUGGGGCUUCUCAAUAUCUUUAAUCUCUGCUCCACAAGAUGUCCACUAAUUUGUUUCUUGCGUCCUUACUAGGGAGCAGUCUUUUUUCCUGUGUCCAUUUACCGUUGGGCGUUCUGCAGUACCUUUGUACAUGGCUGUAGCUUCAGCACUUUAUGGUAAGUUUGUUAUUUCUCCUUUUCCGUCUCAAGGCGUUGACCUUGUCUGCUUAAAUUGUCUAGAUGAGCAACUAUUUGAUGCACUUACUCCUAGACAUGAGCACCUCUGAUUGGGUAGCGGUCCCUAUUAGUAGCUUACUGGGCUGCCUAAAAUUUCAUGGCAUACACUAGAGCGCUUAAGUCCUUGACAUCCGCCAUUCGCAGAGCUUUCUGUAUUUCUUCAGGAUUCUGGAUGCCAACAAUGAAGUACUGCAGGAUAUGCCUUGCUUCUGUCAGGCAUUCUGAAAAGGCAAGAUGGGACAGACUUUCAACAUCCGUGGUAAUUCUAUUUAGUGUUUCCAUGGGCUUCAGUUGACAGGUCAAUUGAAGCCUGCUAUAAUAUUUUAAAUACGAAACUGGAUACAGCUUUGAAGUCUAGUCUCUGGUUUUCAGGAAAAGUUUGAAGGUUAUUCGCUGUGUCUGCUGUCAGAGAGGCGCCGAGUUGACAGGACUUAGCUUGGGAAUUCCUUCCAUUCGCAUCCGCCACUAUAGAAAAAUGUGUCAUCUGCACUUGCCAGGAGGUCUUCUCAUCAUAUGUGGAUAGCUUCAGAGAGGAACGAGAAGGCACGGGUAAACAUUUAAAGUCAUCAGAAUUGCUUUCUGCUGUCUCUAUGCGUUUCUUUAAGGUGCCAACUUCUUUGACGACAGUAGCAGCAGAAACCCUGUCUUCAAUUUGUUGUUCCAUAUGUCCUUGGACAGCAGAAACUUUCUUCAGUUUCUCCAACUCUGCUUUCAACUUUGUCUAUUCUGCCUUUCAUAGCCUCGAAUUUUUUUUCCAUUAUGGCAGUAAUUUCUCUUUCAUUUUCUUUUGUCCAGCUUUCGUCCCUUCUGUAAUGGAGUUGAUGGCUUCUUCCAUCUUUUCUUGACAUCCUCUCAUCUCUUCAUUGAAUGCCGCAAAGGCUGCCAUGAGCAGUCUUAAUUUCUCAUCCAUCGCUUUUGUCACUCUCAUUCAGUCCCACUUCUGACAGCAAAAAGUGUUACGAGCAUAUGGGUUUGCAAUAGAUUGAAUGCACACAGGUCCGAAUAUAGAUGCGUAAAAUUUAUUCUAUCAAAAGAAACAUUUCAGAGUUCUGGAAUUUUCCACAGAAAUACUCGCACAGUAUAGCAGAGUAUAAUCAGUAAUUACACUUAAAACUACUGAGAACGUCUAACACAACACAGUGCACGGCGAAUCUAAAGAGAAAGUUAACCUGGAGCUACCUUGGUACUCCGAACUCACGCUGAACUAACAACUUGCAACAACAAGAAUCAAUUUCACUUUCACAUUUACAGAGUUAUAGUAAGUGUUGUCAAUAGGCUCCCACAACAUGAACAAUAAAUGAGUGCUAUGGAUAGUCAAAUACAGGUUUGACAGUUAUAAUCAGUUGAAUGGUGCAUUAAUUAUGAAUAUGAGCAAUUAACAGAGUGACUGAUAAAACAGUAAAAAUAAUACAUAAAAUAAGGCAAAAUACAUAAUUCAAGGAAAUAAGUAUAAACAAAAAAAUCUAACUUAAAAUAAAAUGAAUUAACUAAAAGUACAGAACAUACGGGGGGUUGUGCUGGUGACUAGAAUGGCAGCUGAAAAUUACACCAGCUUGUCUUAUAUUACGUGCAAUAUUAACACAAUGACAUAGGCGUUUCAGUACAUAGCGAUUUUUUUAAAGUCACUUUGCCCCCAUGCAUGUAUAUGGUACACUGCUGGUUGUCUAAGAUGGUGUUGACCGCACUAAAAUGUCACCAAAUAGUGGCCAGUGGUUUGGUGAAAUUUGGCAACAAAAAUUAGCUGUCCAAACCAUUGCCAGCAAAUUAUCAAGAAACCCAUUAACUCAGUGUUAAAUGGACUUGCUCUGUAUUCUCAAAAUAUUUCAUGUUACAUUACAGAAAAAGAAUACACACAGAAAAAAUACUUACAAUUUUGCGUAAUUGCGCUUUUCAUUAUUGCACUAAAUCUUCUGUCUACUAUUUACAAAAUGUGUAACAAUAUAGAUGCUUGUAUUUGCAAUGGCAGUGCAGGGUAAAAACACAUGAAAAUCCAAUGUGGAAGACUCGUUUAGAAGUAUAUACUUUGUUAAAAGAAGCAUGAGACCCUCAGGUAUUAUAUUUUGGGUUGUCAUGACCAAAAUUAAAUGUUAUGAGAUUAUGAAAAAUGCUCACGACUGUUACUUUUAAGUUACUGAUCGGUGACAAUAUGCCUUCAGUUUUUAAUCAAUGACUGUCAUGAAUUGUUUGGAUUUGACAAUAUUUGUAAAAACUCGUUUUGUACAAUAUUAUUUCUGAAUAUACUGGUAAUAAAACUUGUUUCAAAAAUGGAUUUUUUUUUUCCCCUUUUAACUGUUGUUAGUAUUUUGCGAAAUUAUUUGGGGGGAGAUUAUUGAAGUCCGUUAUUUAUUGUAUGAUAGCUUUAUACAAUUGAACAGAAUGUGAUGUUUUGCUUUUCUGUUAUUAAUAAAAUUUCCCUUUAUAUUUUAUCAUGUAUUUUUAGAGCUGUGUGGUAAUUGUUUUAUAAAUUUUAAUUCCUUUGGUUUAAUUUUUUGCCCAACAUUUUGUAAUGUUCAUUAUUAAAUUUGUAGUAAUAUUAUGUUGUGUUUUUUAAUAG